GGAAAUAAGAGAAAACUUACGGAACGUAAAAUUACGGUGCAUUGAUGGUAAAAUAGAGAGGGGUGAAGAAUAACUAUUCCUCAUCCAGGAUGACGAAUAGCGCGACCCUAUAUAUAUAUAUGAAAAUGGUUGUAUAUUUCUGAGAGUACACACUCCCGCUCUUCAUAUAUGAUGGAUAUCAAGGAAUCCAUGAGGAUUCACAACUUUGAGAAUAGUAUGGUUUUUUUAGAAACCAUGGUUUCAAAAACUAUAGUAUCCCUAAUACCAAGUCAUUUUUUUUAAUAUUUGACAAGGACAAUGCUACACCUACAUAAACUAAUCUACGUACCUUACGUAAUGUGCAACGUGGACAUUUUAGAAUGGGUAUAGGGGGAUUGAGGGGCCCACCCUCUAAAAAUCAAGGGGGAGGAGGGGGGGAGUAAUAUUGUUAGGCAGUUUACGUUACUUUUUAUAGCCUCGUUUGUGGAUGGAGCAUUGUCCAUUUGACAAAGGGGUAUUGAGUAUUGACCUCUUUUUUGUAAACCAAAACAAACUUAGAAAAACUCUGUCACGGGUGUCCCGCCGCGCAUCGCCGGCCGGGUGCUCCGAGCACCAUCUCUCCCCUUUCAAGGGUCCUUGCAAGAUUCUAGAGAGGAAAAACAUGAGACCAUAGGACAACUGAAGAUGGCCAUCCUUUGCCUGAUUCCUUAUGGCUCAGGUCAAUUAACAAGCAGGCUUAUGCCUUACCUAAGGACGGAUUGGAUGGAGAGUGGUGUUGCCUGUUCAAUUUGUAUUCGGUAUAGUGGAUUCUAAAAACAUGAAAGCAUUACCAAACAAGAACCAUGGCAUAUCUUUCUCAUGGCGGUCGUGUGUGGAUGGCAUGACAACUACGACAGUGAUGGCUAUGUCGAUUCUCUUCUUUAUAUAUUUUUUACCGAACAAGUGAGCAUAUGGAGGGAGAAAGAAGCAUCAUGGUGCCUCACCACACAGUUCAUUUCUUUUUUAAGCCCUGACCGUAGAACAAUCGUUUUACGGUAAUUUUAUUAAUAAAAUAAUAAAAAAACAGUUACAAGAAAGAAACAAACAGUUACGGUAAUUUUUUGCAAAGAGAGCCUUGGUUCAGUGGUUGUAGUUGGGCAUGCGGUUGUGCAGCCUAACGACCCGAGUUUAAUUUCUAGAAUUGACAGAUGAUGCACAGGGGUUUUUCCUAAUUUAUUGAGGAUCAAGUUUGGUAUGUGGUGAAACCACUCAUCCCAAAAUAUCUUGAUACUCAUUUUUAAAAAAAAUCUGAGGACCAUGUUUAUUUUGGUACUCAUACUAAAAUGGCCGUAUGCAUCCUUAGUCGGUGCAGAGGCCGGGGAAGUGAAAUUCUCCUCCAAUUUUAAGAGUUGACUUCUCCUCCCGACUCCUCCCGACCCCGUGCGGCCGCCGCUGGGUCGUACCGGGCGGCCACAUCCCGACCUCCCCUCGACUCCUCGUGCACCCUCCUCCUUUCGCCGCCGCCGGCAACGUCGCUGGGCGAAGGCCCCGUGGUGCGGCGGCGGCAGACCUCCUCUGUCGUCCCGAGAUCUGAGGCGGCGGCGGCCCGAUUUGGAUCUUCCUCCCGACGAGGAUGGCGGGCAGCGGCGGCCGGGGCGCGGCGGGGGGUUUGGCUGCAGCCGGCGGAGUAGUACGAGAUGGCGGCAGCAGCGGCCGGGGCGCGUCCCGGGCUCGAUCUAGGACCUUCGGGUCUAGGCGGGCGGCUGCCGUUACGUCCUCAAACUGCUGCAUCUCAUCGGAUUCGGCGACGACUCGCUGAAGCACUCCGGGUCUGCAUCGCAUCACGAGGACUAUGGCGGUGGUGGUCAUCUCCUACGUCGGAGGUGGUCGACCUGAGACUGAAUGAUCGGAUCUCGAGAUUUGUAAUCUAGUCCCGGCUGCGAGUCGGGGAGACAUAGUUGCCGGUGAAAAUCGAGCCGAUGGUGGACGAUGGCGGCGUUCUGCGCCGUUACCUUGAUGAAGGCAUCAUUCUGUAACUAUUGUCGACCCACUCGUGCUGCUCUGGGGGAAAACCCUAGGAUCUGGUUUUUCAGAUCGGACGAUGGCGGCACUGCGGUGUCGUUUCUCUCUUAGGAGUAUCGUUUGUGGAGCAGCGCUGGAAGUCAGAGGCAGGAGGUGGAGCGGCUUCGUCUUGACGGAGCUUCGGUGGAGAUGUCAAGUCAUGCCUGACCGACAGGUGCUACGCUUUGUCAUGCCUGGUCGGCAGGUGCUACGCACGACAGAUCUUCCAAGGACUUCAAGCUGUGUUGGCUGGUGGUACUUGGCAGCAUGGCGCUGAGGUGUAUCAGUGGCGACCGCGACGUGCUCAGCUGUUUGCGCGCAGGGAGGAGGUGCCGUUGGGCGCCGUGGUGGCGUCGACGAUAGCUAGACCGAGCAAGGUUGAUGCAUUAGUACAGUUCUGAAGAUAGAGCGGUGGCAGUUGGCGGCGGCGGCCUCUGAAAGCACGCCAAACCAGUGUGUGCCCCAGACCCGGCAAGUGGCUAGGUUGGGGUCUCAGGUCUUAGAUGUUAGACUUGGUUGCGAUGUCUGUUUGGUAUUAGGCCCAGGCUAUCUGCGCCCUCUUCAUCAACUGGAUAGGUGUAGCGACAGUUUGUUGCUUAGACGGCGACUUUAAUCUUACUGUUGUAUAACUUUGUAAGGUCUUGUGAGAAUAAUUAAUAAAGUGGCCGUAUGCAUCACUCAGAUGCAGAGCCCGGUGGUCAUUCUCCUUUUCUAAGAAAAAAAAUAUUACCACAUAGUUCAUUUCAUAUCGAAAACUGAAAACUGUAACAUUUUCAAAGCCAAAUACUCCCUCUAUCCCAUAAUAUAAGUGUCAGAAAACGUCUUACAUUAUGAAAUAGAGGCGAGCAGUUUAAUAACAACUAUGAGCCAAGUACAUGUCAGCGCAACCAAGCAACAGAUAAUAUUCAGAUUUGGUGGAUUUGAGCAGAAGAGCUCGAGCAAACAAGAGAAAGAAAAGGCCAUACGACAACUUCAUUCAAUCUUCAGAUUUGGUAGCUAUAUAGAGACUCAAAAGGGCACAGACAUGCUGAUGGUACUGAUUUUCUAGCUAACUGAAGUCCAACUUCCUUUGCCGAAGUCCACUACUUUCAACUUGAUGUCACAGAUCAGCGAGCCCGCUUCUUCCAGUUUCAAUCAAAAGCCAUCCAUCGUAUCCAGUGAUCUCAUCCUUGAAAGAUUCGGAAUGUACCAAAGCUCAGAGGGCCAAAACACCGCAUGGUCCGGUCUAAAGCCCGGGAAAGCACGCUCAGACGUCUGGCUCGUAGUAGCCGGAAAUGGGGAACAGUGGGUCGUCCUUCGAUCCGGAUUCAUCGACUCGGAAUCAGAUUCGGGAACGAGGGUCGAUUCGGUAAGAUUUAAUGCGGAUUCGGCGUUUCUGCAGCUGGAUCGUCGAUUCAGAUUCGGCGACUCGACAAUAUUGGUUCUUGAAUCGAUCGAGUAAGCAAAAGAUCAGCCAUAUCAAUCACAAACUCCUCGUUUUACUCUCUGCCCCGUUCUUUUCCACUUCCCUAAAUAACUCCUCGUUCUGCUCUCCAAUUACUCCAAGGCUGCUAAUAAAUUUUUCAUUGGGAAGGAGAUGAUUUAUUUUAGUCUUCAUGGAUCGACGAUGCAGCCAGUUCCCGUUCCUCGUUCCCACCGUACCGGAAACAUGGCAACUAUGGUCUGGCUUUCCAAGUCGUAAACCCUCACACCACUCCAGCCACGAAGACCGAAAUUGUCGUGGUGUUUCAGCCGAGGCGUGCUGAAGUAGACGCAGUUGGGCCUGAGCUCCGGAAACUCCCCGACGGGCAGGCACGCCGAGUGGUUCAACCCGACGAACACCGCGUGACCCCGCAGGGCCGUCGAGGAGCUCAGGGCGACCAGCCUGCGCUCUUCGACGUCGACCUGGAGCACCUCCACCUUGAUCUCUCUCGGGUGUUGAGUGCGUCGAAGGGUUCGUGUAUCUGCAGGAGGCGGCCGCAGGGCGUGGAGACCAGGAACCUGGUGAGGACCCUCCUACGCCUCCUGUCCCCGUCGGCGAUGAUCGCCUCCCCCCUCGGUUCGCCAGGCCCGCAAAGAUCCCACGCCUCGACCACUUCGCGCAGCGUCACCGUGUAGAAUCUUCCGCCGUGGUGGACGCAAUCGGCAUACCGGUCGUCUCCCCCCGUCGGGGAGAGCCGCGGCGAGUCUCCAGCGGCCCUUUCUUGCUCUUGUGAAGGAGAAGCAGUUGGCAUCAUAGUGGAUGGCUACGGCAGUGUAGUCACCACCAUGAGCUGAUGGAUCGCAUGACAGCGCCACCUUCUGGUAGAACCAUGUGCCAAGGUCUCGUGCACCGGGCUGGCUAGGCUCAUGCUGAUGGUAUUUCCCAAAACGAUAGCCCACGACGCCUCCGUCGGCGUCGUAGACCCCCUCCACUCUAGAUCGGUGAUGGGCGGGAGAGGGAUCAUCGCGAAGGUGAAGGGGUGGUAGAGCACGAGGUUGGAGAGCUGAGUGAAUUGCAAAAAACAUCGGCACUUCAGGCUAGGUUUGCAGGAACCACACAUAUACGAAAUUAUGCCAAAAAACACUAAUUUUUUCACAAUUUUUUGCAAAAAACACUAGUUGCUCGUUUGGACCGUUUUAAGUGUGUUUAUGACAGGGGGCCCGCAUCCGUCGACGUGGCAGCACUGUUCACACGGCAACGCCGUUAGACGACGUUACACGCCGUUGGCGCACCGGUUCGAGCCGGACCGCUUAGUCUUCGAGCCGUUCCCCGCCCGGUCCUCUCCCUCUCUUUUCCUCCCCCGUACUCUCUCCUCUCAGUCAUGGCGACGACUGGCGGCGCAGGCGGCGACUGCGGCGGGUCUGCUGGUGUUGGAGACGAUGGUCCAUCGGUGGGAGAUAUAUGCGGGAGCUCAAACCCUAGCUGGCCGUUGGAUACGAGCAGCCCCAGCCACAACCCCCAGUACUGUCUCAAAUUUGCGGCGGCAAGAUCUUGGGCCAGGGCAGUGAAGGAGAAUCUGACGGAGAGCCACCGGAUUGCCUCGUCAUUCGGCGGCAUCUAUUUUAACGAUGAUGUUUGGGAAGUUAGAAUGCACUUCCAUGACAGAAACAACUUGGAGAGAUCAGUUUGCAUUUCAGACAUAACAUAUUAUAAUUUGGUUGCCCUAAUAGAGACAGAGGGAUAUGGGCUUAAUGAUUUCAUGUAUUUUGUGAGGGAUCCUGGUGUGGGGAUUACAGGAAUGGAUGAAAUUUGUGAUUAUGAUAAGGUGGAUGAAAUGCUUGACCAUAUUGCUAACAAUGAUCAGCACGUAGUGAACUUGACAGUGGUUAGGGGCACUGAUCCAAGACCUGCAGAUUUGAACUCAGGCUAUCUGGUUGAGGAGCAGGUUCCUUUGAGCCAUAUAGGAGAGAACCCUGUGUAUGUAGUAAAUCCUUCUGGUGUUCUCUUAAGAUCACCACCAAAAAGUAUAAUACAGAGUCAGCCAGAGCCAUUGCAGUUCUACACUACACAGCAUAACACAAACCAUGAUCUGGAUACAAAUGCUGUCAUGGACCAAUGCAAUGCAGCAGAUCAGGAUGAACUGGAGACAUUAAUGGAGUUGAAGAGGACAACAAAGAUUGCCAAAUUUAGGAAACAUAAGAUUGCAGCUAAGCAUGUAAAUAAGGUUAAGCAGAAGCUACCAAUUCUUCUAACUGAAGAUGAUUUAGAUCUGGAUGCAGAUGAGGACUAUCUUCAGAGGCUUAAUGAGAUGAGGAAGCAAAGAGAGGAUCCACUCAUUCAUUUUGAUGGAGACACUGAUGUGGAUGAAGUGUAUGAGGAAGAUGAGGAAGGGCAACAUGUGGAGGUGGAGAAAGAGGAGCAGGUGGAGCAAGAUGAGCAGGUGGAGCAGCAAGAGGUGCCUACAAAGAAGAAGAAAGCUAGAAAAGGGCCAACAGAGAGGUCACAUUCUAGUUUGGAACAGAGAUUUGAGGAUGUUUAGGCACCAUCAUCAGAUGAGGAGCCAGAUCUUGGUGUUUUGAAGCAGGAAUAUGAUGAUGGAGCUGGGGAAGUACAAUUUAUUAUGCCCAAUGGAAGGAAGAGCAGACCAGUUAGAUCUUUGCCAAGGAUCUGGUACAGUGAGGAGAGAGAGAACCAGAGGAGCAUUUUUGCAGAAAACUUUGUUUCCUCAAUGUGUAUUAGUUUAGGAGAGCAAUUCAGACAUUGCACAUAACUCAGAAUAGGAAUUAUGAGUUCCACAGAAACUGCAAUGACAACAUCAUAAUUGUGUGCACAAAUGCAAAAUGCCCUUUCUUUAUUGUAGCUUCUGUUGUUGCAAAUGAGACUACUUUUUGCAUAAGGAAGGCAAAUUUUGUGCACACAUGCCCAGCAGUAGGAGAGAGCACCAAGGUCACUGCAAAAUGGGUUGCACACCAGUGUGAGGCAAUGAUGAGAGUUGAUAUUGGCACACCAGUCACCACAAUAAUGCAGACACUGAAGAAGAAAUAUGGAAUAUAGAUGUCCACCCAUAUGGCCUACAGGGCUAGGAAGCAAGCAUUGAAGGUUGUCCAAGGAGAUUAGAGAGGACAAUACACUAGAAUAAGAGAUUAUUUGCAGGCUGUGUUGGAUACAAACCCGGGCUCUAGAUGUAUUGUUACUACUAGGCAUGUACCAGAGCACCCAAGCAAAAACCCUAGGUUUCGUGGCCUCUUUUUCUGUCUAGGUGCUUGCAGAGAAGGGUUUUUGAAUGGAUGCAGACCAUUCAUAGGUACAUUUCAUUUACUAAGUUGUGAAUUGUGUAUGUGCUCACAUUACAUACACCAUGUUCUCACAAUUGUCAGCUUUGCAGGGGUAGAUGUGUGACGCCCCCAGUUUGACCGUACACUAAUCAUACAUGCAAACAUGUACGAUCAAGAUCAGGGACUCACGGGAAGAUAUCACAACACAACUCUACAAAUAAAAUAAGUCAUACAAGCAUCAUAUUACAAGCCAGGGGC